AUGGAAAGUAAGGGAGAACUGAGGGCUGCACGUUUAUACUAUCAGUACGCCAAGGAUUACUUAUCAGUUGUUCGCUUGCUCUGUUACACCGAAGCCAUUGAUGAGGCCGUUGAAAUAGCGAAUAGCAGUGGCGACAAAGCAGCGUGCUAUCACCUGGGGCAGUAUUUUGAAGCACACGGUGAUCCACACGCUGCCGUAACAUUCUUCACAAAAGCGCGUGCGUGCAGCAAUGCCUUGCGACUUGCAAAGGAGUACAACAUGAAGGACAAAAUAGCGAAUUUGGCAUUGAUGGCUGGGGGUAACGAACUGGUGGAAGCAGCGCGUUACUAUGAAAGUGUUCCCGGGCAAGCCGAUAAAGCCGUCAUGCUAUAUCACAAAGCAAGCAGUCUUACUUGCUGCAGGCUCAAAGCUUUAAAAAAAUUAGCGCCAAUGUCAUUUCACGACGCAAAGAAUGAGCGAUUGUGGUUUAAGACAAACACAAAACUUGGAAAGCUUUAUUUUGAUCAAAAAGAGUUCACGAAAUUGGAUCGAAUUAUCAAGCAGUUGCGAAAUUCGUGUAAAGUGAGUCCUUAUAAAUCUAUGUGUUGUGCAAUCGAAUGA